GGUAAGCAUUUCCUGCCAACAUGGCUGGGACGGAAGCUUUUCUUUUCCCUCUCUUGGUGGAGGGGGAUUGGGGCUCCAGUCUCAACGUGAGAGUGAAAAACAAACUCCUGCGCUACUUUCAAAGUCCGAAAAGGUCGGGUGGAGGAGAGUGUACGAUCCACGCGGGAUUGCGCCCAAGGGAGCAGGUUAUUGUUCGCUUCGCGGAGGAUGAAGUGAGGCAGAGAGUUCUUAGCAUGGAGACUCAUGAACUUGACUUGCCAGGGAAAGAGAAAUUAAAGCUAACCGUCUCAGUGCCUGUAGUGGUAAUGGAUGACAGUGAGUCCCAACAAGAAACUUGCCCAAAUCAGGAGUCCAUUCAAACCAGUCAUACUCAAGAGUCCAUGAGGCAGCAAGAGACUAAUGUCAAGGCUGUUGACUCGGAUCAGCAAGCAAGAGCAGAACCUGGAGUGCCUGCAUCACAGCCUGAAACAAACAUCUCUGCAAUGACAGUAUCCAGGGAAGAUCAGGAGUCCAACACAACAAAUGUGUUUGAAGAGAAAGGCUCUCCAGAAAGUGAGAUAAGAAAAAAGCAAGAAUUUUGUGUGGAGAUAGUGACAACUGCAGAAGAGGAAAUUGAGGAGGAAAUUAUGGAGUUGUACUUUGAAAAUAAAAAGUGGUCUGGUGGAGGACCCAUUAAGUCCUGCAUUAAAGAUGGCCAACGGUUUAUUGUUACUUUUGAAAAGGAAGAAGAUGCUCGAGAAGUCUUGCAAAGAAAGAAUCAUUCAAUAAAAAAAAUUGCACUUCAUGUCCAAGAGUGUCUGUCGGAGACUACUCAACCACAUUGGCUAACUUCUCUAGUUGUGCUUGAGAACAUACAAGAGAUCGUAGACCAAUGUAUCCUGAUUCUGUUGGUAGAAAAUGUCAGUGGCUUAUCAGAAGAAGAUCAUGAUUUCAGUGUGGAAAUGAUACCUGAGAAAAAUAUUGCUGUAAUUUCUCUCAUCAAGCCUACUGACGUAGAUAAUUUCAUCAAGGCAUUCAAUGAGCACCGUCGAGUUAAGCAACUAAACAUGUCUGCACGUUCUUUGGAGGUGACCAAAAGCAUUCUAGUUGAAAACAUCCCCUCGGACAUCACCAGUGAUUUUAUUGUUGUCUACUUUGAAAGCGAGACUCAUGGAGGUGGGCCAGUGUCAGAGGCUAAUUAUCUUUCCAAAGAGAAUUCAGCCAUCGUUACUUUUCAGUAUAGCAAAGAUGUAGGUACCGUUUUGGCACAGAAACAUUAUUUCAACAGACUGCCAGUUCUUGUUCAUCCAUACUACAUCCCUUUGGGCACAGCUCUGUAUGGGAAAGUGAGGCCACAACCUAAAAUGCCAGAACCAGUCAGAAUCUCCUUGGAUCCAUACCACUGGCGAUUUUUACAGUGGAAUAGGCAUUUACUUCAGGAAAUAAGUAAUGAAAUGGCCAACUGCUUUUGUGAGAUAGAGUGGCCGACAGGACAUUGUGCACACAUGGAAGUUAAAAUUUGUCCUUCACGUGCCUUGUUCAAACAAAAAAGAUUCCUGGCCAGGACUUGGAGUGAAGAUGCUUCCUGCCAAUUUGCUCAGAUUCUAUCAAAGCAGAAGACACUGAAAUGUCAAGUCACUGCUGAGGUGUGGGAAGCUAUAAGAAACAGUGUAGUAAAAGAUGACAUUUUGAUCAUCCCAGAUAUUCCAGAAGGAAUAGUUGUCUUGGUGGGUGCAGUGGAAGAUGUAGAUCAUGCAGAGGAAGAGAUGAAAGUGCUUAUAGGAAAUGCUGUUAAAAAAAUUGAGAGAGAGAGGCAGGCAAUAGAGGUGAUUAUAACAGUUGUUGCUGCAAAGUAUACCAUUUUAAAAAACGCUGGACUAGAGGAAAGGAUUAGUAUGGAGUACCCAGACUUAAAGAUUUCCUAUGAUGCUUCAAAAGAGUGUAUAAUUCUGUUUGGUGUACCUACUGAGGCUUUUAAACUAAAAAGUGAUAUCCUUGAAAGAAUAUCCAGUAUGGCCCAGAAGCCUAUCAAUGUUCAUGCUUACAUACUAAUUUUUCUACAACAUGUGGAUAAUGAAAGUUUGUCACAACUCUUAUUCUGGGCCAAAAAAAUUAAUGCCUUUUACGAGCUCCAGGAGGAGAGUGUCCUCCUGACAGGAAUAUCUCCUAAUGACCUUCUACAAGCUGAAGAAGAAAUGAGGAAGCAUCUGAGCUACAAAUGUAUUGAACUGGAAGACAAUUCAGUCCUCCAGAAGAGGGAGUGGAGGGAACUGACUGACAGUUUGUACAAGGCUCAUAAUUGUUCUGGUGAGGCAAUUAUAAUUAACGAGUUAGAGGAUCAAAUAGUCAUAGCAGGUCAUUUCAGAGAGGUGGCCUUUGCUGCUCAAAAGCUGUCUGAUUUUGUUGAUACCAACACUUAUGUACACAAAACCAUCAGGACUAAUUCUGAGGCAGUUACGAUGUAUGUGGAGAAGGAAAAACACUGCAUUUGGCACUGUCUAGUACAGCAUGGCGUGAAAAUUGAUUUUGGUACGCAGGAAAGUCACAGACUGAUCUCCCUUGAUGGUCCCCGUGUAGAAGUGCUGAAAGGACUUGAUCUCAUGCAAAAACUCCUGUCAUCUUUGUGUGCAACAAGAAUGAUAGUUGAUAAACCAGGAGCCAGAGCAUUGUUCAAGGAACAAGAACAUUUGUAUAUCACAGGGGCAAAACAAUUUAAUUGCUUGAUCAGGCUUCAAGAAGAUGGGGAAGAACCUGAAAAAGACAAUGACAAUGGGAAUGCUCAUGAGGGACAUGGGAAUCUGUGCUGUGAAGUUAAGAUGAGAAACGGCAUUGUCGUAGCUGUUCGUAAGGCUGACUUAACCCAUUAUCCAGCUGAUGUUGUGGUCAAUGCAUCAAAUGAAGACCUGAAGCAUAUUGGUGGUCUUGCAGAUGCUUUGUUAAAAGAAGCAGGCCCUGAGCUCCAAAGAGAAUGUGAUGAACUAGUGAGGAAGUUUGGACGUUUGAAACCUGGCUGUGCGGUUAUCUCGGGUGCUGGGAAUCUACCAUGUAAACAAGUGAUUCAUGCAGUCGGGCCACGGUGGAAAAGUUCUGAGAAAGAAAAGUGUGUGCGGCUCUUAAAGAAAGCUGUGAGAGAAAGUUUAUGGCUGGCAGAAACAUACAAUCAUCGCUCCAUAGCCAUCCCUGCCAUUAGCUCUGGGAUCUUUGGAUUCCCACUAAGAGAAUGUGCCCUUUCCAUUGUGACAGCCAUCAAAGAAAGCUUGGAAGAAUCUGCUGGGACAGGCUGCCUCAAACAGAUAGACCUUGUGGAUAUUAAGGAGGAUACAAUUCAGGUUGUCACUGAUGCCCUAAAUGAAGUAUUCAGAGAUGGAUCAUCCCCAUUGAAAGGCAGAUCCUCUCCAUCGAACUCUGAAACUGGUAACUACCACAGAGAGAGAAGACUAGAACAUCAAGGAAUAACUACUGCUGAAGGCCUGAUGAUAAUACUACACCAAAAAGGGAUUGAAGAUGCUACAACAGAUGUUAUUGUCAACAGUGUUGCCAGUGACCUAAAGCUUGAUAAAGGCCCACUCUCCAGAGCUCUGCUGGGCAGGGCAGGGCCAGGGCUCCAAGGGGAAUUAAUCACACAAGGCCAAGGAAGAAGCAUUAAAGAAGGCUGUGUGUUAAAAACAAAAGGCUACGCUCUGGGUUGCUCUCAUGUUCUCCAUGCAGUUUUACCUGGCUGGGUCCAAGGUCAAAAAUCCGAAGACAAGAACUUGGGGAAAAUUAUUGAAGAAUGUUUGACCAUCACUGAACAGCACUCUCUGACUUCCAUCACAAUUCCAGCAGUUGGGACUGGUAAUUUAGGAUUUCCCAAGCCUCUUGUUGCUAAAUUGAUGUUUGAUGAAGUGUUCCAAUUCAGUCAGAAAAAGAAUCCAAUGUCCCUUCAAGAGGUUCAUUUUGUGUUGCAUCCAAGUGACACUGACAGUAUCAAGGCAUUUACAGAUGAACUAAACAGCAGACUGCAUGUGGACCACAGUGGCACUCCAGGGGCCAUGCCACUGCUUGAGGAUUCACAAGCUUCGAGUGAGCAUAUUUCAGCUCCAACUGCUGGAGUUCAUAAAAUGCAGAUUGGGUCAGUUACGUUGCAGGUAGCAUGUGGAGAUAUUACCCAGGAAGCUACAGAUGUUAUAGUGAACAUAAGCAAUACAACAUUUAACCUGAAAAAUGGCGUUUCCAAAGCAAUUCUGGAUGGAGCUGGACCUGUGGUGGCAGCCGAAUGUGCUCAGCUAGCAUUGCAGCCUCACAACAAUCUUAUAUGCACGAAAGGGGGUAACCUGAGGUGUAAAAAUAUAAUCCAUCUUGUCCCACAAAAUGAUAUAAAAGCACAGGUUUCUAAAACCCUCAUGGAAUGUGAACAAAGACAGUUCACCUCUGUUGCCUUCCCUGCAAUUGGGACAGGGAAGGCAGCACGGGAUCCAGCUGCAGUGGCUGAUGAUAUGAUAGAUGCUAUAGUGCAAUAUACAGGCAAAACUUCUGCCCCGGUGGUGAAGACUAUUAAAAUAAUAAUUUUCCAGCCACAUCUGGAAAACGUGUUUUAUACAAGCAUGCAGAAAAUAGAAGGUGCGGCUAGCAAGCCCGAUGUUAAGUCAUAUAAAUCAAUUUUCUCCAAAGUAGCAGAAUUCUUUGGUUUCAGCAAACCAGCUACAGAGACUAAGCCUGCAUUGCUUUUGGAGAACACUGUAAAGCCAGUCAUUUUUCAGAUUUGCGGUGACAGCCAGAAAGAUGUGGAGAAGACAGAAUCUUGGAUCAGAGAUCUGAUUUUAAAGCACCAGAAUGAAACCACUGUCUCAGAUGAAUGGAUCUCAAGCUUUGGAGAAAGAGAGUAUGAAAAACUAAGAGAACUCCAGACUAAAUUGCAUGUUGUCAUUAAACCAGAAAAUGUGACCUCUUCUCCUUCCCUCCGCAUUUUUGGUUUAACCAGAGAUGUCUUGAGUGCCAGCUUAGAAAUCCAACAAGUGAUCAAAAGGGUCAGGAAAGCUCAAGAGGAACAGUCCAAGGCUGAUCUUCUUAGCAACCUUGUUGAGUGGCGAUACGAGGACAAUGGCCAUUACAAAACCUUUGAUAACCUGACAAAUAUGCAUAUAGAAUGUGCAUUGCAAAACAAUAGCAUGCAUGAAGUAACCAUAAUGGACAAACACUACAGAGUAGACCCAGCUAAGCAGUGGGCAAUAGGUGACCAAGGAAGACGCAUUAAUAUUAGGCGAAUCUCCAAAACAGAAGAUAAAUCUCCAAUUGCACUUCCUGAAGAGUGGGUGGACAUGCAGCAAAAACGUGUCAUUGCAGUGGAGCUAAAUCCAGGCAUGCAGGAAUAUCAGGAUGUCCAGCAGAUGUUUAACAAGACAUGCCAGUCAUUCACAAUUGAAAAGAUUGAGAGGAUCCAAAAUCCGUACUAUUGGCAGGCAUAUCAAAUAAAAAAACAGGAGAUGGAUGCCAAAAAUGGCACUACAAAUAAUGAGAAGCGCCUGUUUCACGGAACAGCAAGUUCAUCAUUGACUCUCAUCAAUAACUCUGGGUUUAAUCGGAGUUAUGCUGGAAUCCAUGCUGCAUCAUAUGGGAAUGGAACUUACUUUGCUGUUAAGGCCAGCUAUUCUGCCCAGGAUAUCUAUUCGAAACCAGAUGCAAAUGGGAAGAAAUACAUGUACCUUGCUAGAGUGCUUGUUGGAGAAUAUUGUGUUGGAUCAGCAGGUUUAGUUGUUCCAAAAGCAAAAAGUGGGACAGAUCCUACAAAUCUGUUUGACAGUGUGACUGAUAAUAUGAGACAUCCUUCUAUGUUUGUCAUUUUCAAUGAUAUUCAGGCUUAUCCAGAGUACCUCAUUACUUUUAAGUAAUAAAAUGUCCUUUUAUCCUAGCCAUCCCCCUGCUUUAUAUUGAUAUUAUGUUAUAUAUUUAUUCACUAAUAAAUGAACAAAUUCAUGUG